AGGGCGGCGGAAGGGGCGGGGCUAAGCGUGAGGCGCGGUGACGUAGUGACGUAGUGACGCACCGUGCGUGCCGUGCGCGUUGACGUUGCGCGGCGGCGACGGCGCUUGUGAGUGCGGCUCCGGUGUUGGCGGUCUCUCCGUUCCUGUGUCUACACCCCGUUACCGAUCCCCCCAUAGGCUUCAACCCCUCGGGGUCUCCAUCCCACCCCAUGCCCACCCCGGCCCCGGUGGCCGCCUCCAUCAUCUCCCGGCCCCAUCUCGGCCCCGUUACAGCCGCCAUGUGAGGGGGGGGGGGGUCACGGCCCGGGCCCGAGUCUUCCCCCCCUUUACCCCCCCCUUCCCCCCCCCCCCCCUCAAUCUCGUCAUGAUGUUCCGGGAUCAAGUCGGGAUCGUCGCCGGGUGGUUUAAAGGCUGGAACGAAUGCGAGCAGACGGUGGCGUUACUGUCGUUAUUAAAGAGGGUGACCCGGACCCAGGCCCGGUUCUUACAGCUCUGCCUCGAACAUUCGUUGGCCGAUUGCGCCGACAUCCACCUGCUGGAGGCCGAGGCCAAUAGCGCCGCUGCCAUCAGCCAGUGGCCCCAGGAGCCAGCAGAGGCCGCGGUGGCUUUGCUGUUAGCCCACCUCCCCCUAUUACAGCCAGGCAACGCGGCCGCCAAGGCUGAGUACAUGAAAAGGCUCCAGAAGGUGCUGGCUUACGCCAUCGAGAGCAACCGCUGCGUGGAGGAGAGCAGGCAGCUCCUUUCCUAUGCCCUCAUCCACCCCGCCACCACGUUGGAUGACCGCAGUGCGUUGGCCCUAUGGCUGGGGCACUUAGAGGAGCGUUUAGCUGGAACCCCACAACCGCCGCGUCCCCCUCCUCGUCCUGAUGCCGCGCCCCCCCCACCCCGCCGUGCCCCCCACGAUUGGCCUGAGCACGGACCCCCCGAGAUGGGACCCCCGUGGCCUGAAGCUGCUCCACGGGAGAAUGGUCACCCUCCUUUUCACCCCCCCAACAGUGGCAAUGGACUGGGGGGCACAGCGUUGCCCUGCCAGCUGCACCCCAGCCCACUGAAGCGUUCCCUGUCGUUGGUGCCUGGCACCCCCAGGGGGGCAGCGGUGAAUGGCCGGGGGGGGCGGCGAGGAACCGGGACCCCUCGCACCCCAUUCGGAGACCACGCUCCCCUCUCACCCCAGAGCAGCGUGGCCUCAUCGGGCAGCGAACAGACAGAGGAGCGUGGUGGCCGGAACACCUUCCAGGAGGAUGGAAGUGGCAUGAAAGAUGUCCCCUCUUGGUUGAAGAGCCUGAGGCUCCACAAAUACGCAGCCCUGUUCUCCCAGAUGACUACGAGGAGAUGAUUGACGCUGACAGAGCAUCACCUGGAGUCACAGAACGUCACCAAGGGGGCAAGGCACAAGAUUGCUCUCAGCAUCCAGAAGCUGAGGGAGAGGCAGAGCGUCCUCAAAGCACUGGGAGAAGGUGAGAAGGACAUCUUGGAAGGUGGGAACCUAUGGACAGCACUGCAGGAGCUGCAGCAGAUCAUGGUGACCCCCAUCAAAGCCUUCAGGCCCCCACCUGCCCCCCCCGCUAACGGAGCACACGAUGGGGCUCCCCCUGGGGGGGCUGCGGACUGCCUUUGCCGCCCCCCACCACUGCAGACACUGGCUCCUGCGGCCCCUGUUCCUGAUGGGGACAUCCCAGGGCAGUUCACUCGUGUUAUGGGCAAAGUUGUAUAUUAAGGACUUUAUGGCCGCCCACAGGCGUUCACAGAGACGCAGAAGAAGCGGCUCCUGUCCUGGAAGCAGCAGGUCCUGAAGCUGCUCCGCGCCUUCCCCAAGAAGGUGCCACUGGAUGGACAGGGCUACCGGCCCCCUAAAGGCUGGGGCUUUGGCUCCAAUUCACUCCCCAUAGCUGGCUCUGUGGGAGGGGCGGGGGGGCGAAGGGGGCAGCGCCCCUUUGCGUUGCCCCCCCGUGCGCUGCCCCCAGCCCGGAUGGGGUUGUUGGGUCCGGCUGGGGGGGGUCCUGCCCCACGACCCCCACUCGGUGCCACCCCCCUUGGGGCACAAGGACGCCAGAGCCUGUGGUUCAGCAGUGGGGGGGCCGGGGGGGCCCCGGGGAGCCGCAGCGUGGUGCAGCGCACCCACUCGCUGCCCGUCCACACCUCCCCACAGACACUGCUGGCCUUCCCACAGGAGUGUCCUGUCCCUGGCACGGACCUAGAGAUCAACCCUACAUUGGAGUCGCUGUGCCUGAGCAUGACGGAGCAUGCGCUGGGGGGUGGAAGGGGGGGGGGGGCAUAA